GCCCAAAGUCAGUUAAGCGAAGACAACGUGCAGGUGCAGUUUGGAAGUCAGUCAGCUAAAGGAUUUAAGUUCAACUCGCACUCGUAUCCUUCACUUUGGAAUAUAUCAUUCAUUCAACAUGCGACACUUGUGCAGCACUUUGAUGUUUGUGGCCGUGAUGAUGCUGCAUGCAUCCUGCUCUCAGGCAGAUCUCUUGGACUGUGAGGAGACGGUCCCAUCUGUCAUCUCAGAUAUUGGCGAUAAGAUGUCCGAGAUAACCGGCAGCAGCAGCAGCUCGGAGCAUGAGGUGCGUGAUUUCUUCAAGAGUGUCGGCUGUCAGAUCAAGAACGGUGCCAAGAAGCUAAAAGAGAAGGCCAAAGAUCUUGGCACCGAGAUCAAGGAGGGCGCCAAGAAGCUAGGCGAACGUGCCAAGGACUUGGGCAGCGACAUCAAAGAUCGUUUCGAUGAUUUUCGCGAUAAGCUCGCUAAGGAAUCGGCAGAGGAAAUGAGCAAGGAUCGAGGAUUCUUGGCCAACGUUGAGAUCAUCAAUCCGGACAUUCUAAAGGGUGAGCACCAGUGCGGACAUGGUCACAUCCUCGAUGCCUUGGGCAAUUGCAGCCGAUUGAGGAAAUGAGAUGGCUUCUGAAAGUGUGUCUGUGCUUUGUUUAUUAUUUUUUUUUUAUUUGUUAACUUUACUUUAUGCUUGUUUACUCUAAUGUCUCGAUUUCGUUUUGCUAUGUAACAUAAUUCUGCUGAAAAAAAUAAUGAAAUAAAGUAGUCUUUGUAUUAUAUCCAGCA